AUGGCUGUCAAUAGUACAUUUAAGUUCGAGUGGAUGUGUGGCGCAAAUGACAAAGAGUACGCCGUGACCGAGGGACGUCGUCUCAAAAAUGACUGUUUUGUACAUGCUGUAAUUGCAUGUAUUCAUUUAGUUUUCUGUGUAAUAAUUCCAGUCGUUCUCGUACUGCUUGGACGUUUUACAAGUCUACGACUGUACUACUCACGAGCGUUGAUUCCAUACCCAGGUCACACGAUUAAGUGGUUAUUGGUGAUGUCUCUGUUUAUAAUUUUACUCGUUGCCGUCGGUGAGGGGAUCCUAACGGACAUUACCAGACAUGACACGACGCAACCACAUCUCUAUAUACCUCAGAUACUGGCAUGUAUAAGUGCCAUUCUCAGCUUAGUGUAUUAUCAUCAUAUGGAAUACUGGAAUCAACCACGAUUAGCUUGGUUAUUAUUGACUUACUGGAUAUUCGCUAUAUUUGGAGAAAGUAUCCAACUUGUUAACCUGACUCACAAAUUGGAGUUUGAUGUCACAAUAUUACGACUUGAUCUUACGUUAUUACUCAUAAUAUUUUAUUGUAGUUGUGUUUGCGUUGAAAUCAACUUAAUCAGAUGCAAGGUUUGGGGUUGGUUGUACGAAGAAAAGCCGUACCCACGUGACCUGAAGAAUCAGAACAUGCGUUUUGUGUACAAUUAUACAAAUAUACUAUCCCGUGUCGCGUUCUGGUCUUUGAAUUGGGUGUUCAUUCUCGGUUACAAGAAACCGUUACAGCUGUCCGAUUUGGGGUGUUUACCAGACGAAUCUUCGAGUAAAAAUAUUCACAGGGCUUUUGAAGCUGGGUAUGAAAAAGAACGGGAACGAGCAGCUAGAAAAAAGAAUGGCAUUCCAUCUGUUUGGCGAACAUACAUUCGUGUCUAUGGUGUAACCAUCCUGCAGUGUUUGAUUUUAAAACUGAUUGCUGAUACACUGGGCUUCAUACCACCUAUUGCAGUUGGAGGAGUGGUGACCUAUGCAGCUGCUCUGUAUAGUGACGUAGAACCUGAUCAAUACAUCACUCCGUAUAUUACAGUAAACGAGUUCUUCAGCAACGGAUUUGUACUUCUUGGUGUUAUAUUCUUGGCAGUGUUAGCAAAAUCUUUAUUUCAACAUCAGGCCUUAAAUAACUCUGUGUUCCAGUCCGUCAAUGUACGAUCGGCACUACAGAGCUUCACUUAUGAGAAGUCACUUCGUUUAUCAUCUUGGGCAUUAUCUAGUGGUGAAAGAACUGUUGGUCAGAUCACUAAUCACAUGUCCGUGGAUGCAAUGGCAUUGCAGUUCUUUUGUUUCUUUCAAAUAUUCUUCUGGACCAUACCAUAUCAGCUUGUUGUGAUUUUGAUACUACUAUACCUUGAAUUAGGAGUAGCAUCUCUGAUAGGAGCUUCAGUUUUUCUGAUCGCCACACCAUUACAAUAUAAGAUUGCAAAUAUUAUGUCUAACGUUCAACGAUCAGUACUGAAAUAUUCCGAUCAGCGUAUGAAGAAAUCCAAUGAACUUUUGCAAGGAAUCAAGUUGCUAAAACUCUACGGGUGGGAAGAAUUAUUUUCAUCUGCCAUUGAGACUGUACGUACAAGUGAAUCAUUCGCUGUUUACUCUGCCGUCAGUCCGACUCCGUUGACGCCAGAGCUGGCCUUCUCUUCAUUGGCACUCUUCAACCAAUUGAUAAUUCCUUUAGUGUUGUUACCAAAUGCCAUUGGCUUCUUUGUGUCAGCUAUUGCGAGUACAGCAAGAUUGCAACAGUUCUUUAUUGCUAUCGAAAUUGAACAGCAUGAUGAUGGCCGGCAACCACUAAGCAGGGGAUAUGAUCAUUCUUCCAUCGACGAUGAUAAUGAAUGUAGUGAUGAAUAUUUCGAGCAAUCCGACACAUUUCAAGUCGGGAAUAACAACCAAAGCGGUGAUACUGAGCAGACCACGCCAAACAAUGAGUAUUAUGAAGAGAAACAUACUGAUCCUCUGUUGGAUAACAACGUGACACUAUCAUAUGGCACAUUUGAUUGUAUGGACUCGCAUAUGGCUUUGACAAAAACGAGUGACCUGCCAGAGGGCGUUGCUAUAAAGAUUACAGAUGGUAACUUCGCUUGGGACAGGGAUGUAGAUGCAGCACUCUUACGUAAUAUCAAUCUUCAAAUACCUACAGGAACACUAACCAUGAUAGUUGGAAUGGUAGGUAGUGGCAAGUCUUCUUUAUUAUCUGCAUUGCUAAAAGAAUUGACGACAUUAUCUGGAACAGUACAAUUCAAUAGAGCAAGAUGUAAAAUCUCUUAUGGUCCCCAGAAACCAUGGCUACAAAACGUUUCACUUCGGAAUAACAUCGUUUUUGGUAGCAAAUUUGAUUAUAAAAGAUACCAAACUGUUUUAGAAGUGUGUGCACUUCAUCCUGAUAUAAAUAUACUACCUGCCGGUGAUCAGACAGAGAUCGGAGAGAAAGGUAUCAACCUCAGUGGAGGACAGAAACAACGGAUUAGUGUUGCACGAGCCUUAUAUAGUCAGACAGAUAUAGUUUUACUGGAUGAUCCACUGUCUGCAUUGGAUGUACAUGUUGGAUCCCAUCUUAUGAAAGAGGGAAUUCUGGGAUUCUUGAAAGAUGAAAACAGAACAGUCAUUCUAGUGACACAUCAAAUACAGUAUUUACGUUAUGCAGAUCAGGUUGUUGUAAUGGAUGACUGUAUGAUAUCUAGAAGUGGUAAUCUCAAAGAUAUACAGAGUAAUGACCCAGAUAUGUAUGCAGAAUGGCAGCAGACGAUAACAAUGAUAAGCGAAUCCGAAAAAGAAAGCGAGUGUGAAGACGAUACUACUAAAACAGGGGGAGAAAUUUUAAAACCAAUAAUUUCAAAAAAGGGGGAUGAUAUUGAUGAUAACGAUGAUGAGACUGGGACUUUAAUUGUGAAAGAGGAACGCGAGACUGGGUCAGUAUCCUGGGCUAUUUAUUUAGCAUAUGCAAAGGCCAUUAGAUAUCCAUUGGUUUUAUUAACUCUGUUUGCAUAUAUCGCCCAAGCUACAGCGCUUAUUUUGAACAACUUUUGGUUGGCAGAAUGGUCAGAAGCUGGAAAGGACUCAAAUAACAAAACAAUAGACGAGUUGGACGAUGAAUUGGAUUAUUACCUUCGUGGAUAUGCAGGAUUUUCAUUCACAUAUAUUGGAUUAGUAUUUGUAGCAAUCAGCUUUCAGAUUAUAUUCUCGUUACUUGGUGCAAAAAGACUGCAUAUAAAGCUAUUGCGUAAUAUUGUCCAUGCACCAUUGAGGUUUUUCGACACAACGCCAGUUGGACGGAUAUUGAAUAGAUUAUCAGAUGAUACAAAUCUAAUAGAUCAGAGAUUAUGGGUGACAGUUUCUGGAAUAUUAAACAAUACGAGUCUUUGUCUGUCUGCCAUAAUUGUUAAUAGCGUUGUUACACCAAUAUUCCUCGCUGUUGUUACGCCUGUGAUCAUUGGAUUUUUCGUGUUACAAAAGUACUACCUCACUACAUCAAGGGAACUUCAAAGGGUUACGAGCAUAACAAGAUCGCCUGUAUAUGCUCAUUUCUCAGAAACACUGGGUGGUCUGACCACAAUACGAGCCUACAGAGAUGAAAAACGCUUCCGGGAAUAUUUAUCACGACACUUGGAUGCUCACAACGUGGCACAGAUAUAUUUAUCCAUGGGUAUUCGGUGGGUGGCUGUUCGUCUAGAACUCAUCGGAGCUAUGGUUAUCUUAAUAUCAGGCUUGUCUGGAUUGCUAACCAGUGUGUUUGUUGGUCUUGAAGCAAGUUUGAUAUCUGGACAUUUGACAUACCUAGUACGUCUGUCAUCAGACUGUGAAAUGCAAAUGAAUGCUGUGGAACGAGUCGAAUAUUACACAAAUGUACAGCCAGAACCUUACCAAGGUACAUACGAACCACCGCCCACCUGGCCAGACAAGGGAACCAUCCAAUUACAGAAUAUUUCUGUCCGAUACGCCACUGGUUUGGAACCCGUGUUACAGGACGUAAACAUCACAUUCAAGUGUGGCCAAAAGAUCGGCAUAUGUGGACGUACAGGAAGUGGUAAAUCGUCUCUGGUAUUAUCAAUAUUUAGAAUCAUUGACAUUUUUAAAGGUCACAUUGUUAUUGACGGCGUUGAUAUCUCAACCGUACCUUUGUUGACACUUCGUAAUCGGCUUGCAAUUAUACCACAAGAUCCGGUUUUAUUUCAAGGGACAAUAAGGUUUAACCUGAAUCCAGAAAGUGACAGGACGGAUGAAGAAUUGUGGAAAGCAUUGGAGAUUGCGCAGUUGAAACAAGUUAUAGCUGAUCUAGACAUGCAGUUGGAUGCUGAUGUUUCAGAAGAAGGAGACAAUUUUAGUGUUGGCCAGAGACAAUUAAUAUGUCUUGCAAGAGCAUUCUUACGGAAAGCCCAUGUCCUUGUUAUGGAUGAAGCAACAGCUUCAAUUGACUUGAAAACGGAUAAUAUUUUACAGUCCGUAAUUGCCACAGCGUUUGCUGAUAGAACUGUCAUCACUGUUGCUCAUCGUAUAUCCACAAUCCUCGACUCUGACGUUGUACUUGUGCUGAGUGACGGUAAAGUUAUAGAAUAUGAUACACCACAUAAUCUACUCAAGAAAGAAGAUAGUAUGUUUGCGUCAUUAGUGAUUGGAUCGGCUGAUCAGUGA